AAGAAACAGCAUAUGACAUGGCUGUAAAAAGGGACCAUGAACACGUUAAGAUAGUGCUGCAUAGAUAUGCCUUGCCACCAAUACAGGCCCAUCUUCUCCGCAAGGUUAUUAUGGCGAUAAGUGACCACGUGUCUCUCAAAGAUAUCCGCAUGCUGGCACGUGCACAGCUGGAAAUCCCAGACGCCAAGCUAGACAACAUAGAGUAUGAGAACCAACGCGAUGCUCAGGAGCAAUCCUUCCAGAUUUUGUGGCUGUGGAAAGAAAGGACGGCUGGAGCGACAGUACAUAACCUGUUCAAGGCUCUGAAGGACCAUCAGUUGAACGCCUGUCUGGACAAAGUCAGAGAUAAAUAUGCCUCGUUAUUGAAUGAGAUAUGGGCCAUGCCAGGGGACGUUAUCCAAAAGUUCCAUUCCUCCCUCCAGCCCACUAAAUCAACCAAAAAUGGCGUCACGUCACCCCGCGGGAAGCUAAUGUAUCUGAAAUGCUACGUCUCUGAAGACCUGGGAUCUUUGGAAGUUCCACUUGACAGCUUCAUCGACAGCGCCAACAUAGAUGGUACCGAUAGUGCUGGAGCCGUACUGAAGUAUGGUCUCAUUUGGAAAGGCAUUUGUGGGGAUGCGGAUACGUCCCCUGAAAUGGCCGAAUGAAGGUCACUGUUGAACAGGACUUGUGUUUUUAUUUGACUUGUGAUAGAACGUUCGACAAGUUAUCAGCAUAUUGCUUCUACCAUGGUUGUACUGAAUUAGGCAACAGACUCGAGAUAUAACGAUGUUUAGAGAUUAUAAACUAACGUUUUUCUGUAUUUUUUUGCAUAUUAUGGAAAUAUAAUGCAUAUUCAUUAUGAUAAUUAUUUACAGUAACUACAUCGAUUACAUUUACAUACUUUUUAGAAUAUUUUGUCAUUAAUGUAGGAAUCUGCAUGGAAUUGUUAUAAAAUAUCCACAGAAAUGUGUUGAUGUUUGAUUUCUACAUACCGUACCAAUUUGUACUUUUUUGUUUAGUUUUGGGUUUUGGACAUGCCUCAAAAAUAUUUUUUCAAUGAUUGUCAUAAUGAGGAAUUAUUAUAGUAAUUAUAUUGAAAACAGUAUAAUCAGAAUUACUCUUUAUUAUAGUUUUCGUAAAACAGUAAGACUCAUUUCAAAGGUGAAUUAUUCAAUUAUAUUCAUUUUUGGUGGGUUUCUGCAUGUCCCUUGGAUUAACAUACAGUAAUAUGUACGUGUAAUGUAUGUAUGUUAUAGUUGUUCUGAUAAUACGGAGUGCUCAAACCAUAUCUUUAAUCAUGAUACGAAUACCGUCUGUAUAUAUGUUAUGCUUCUCUAAAAUAAUGUGGUGGUGGUGAUUUCAAUUAAUUGUAAGCUGGGUUUCAUUUUGAUAUCCUGCGCAUGUUGCUUGUUAAAUGAAUUUACAUACGUUUAAAUGUUAACGUAUCCAGGAGCCUGUUUAUAUACAUGUAUUGAGUUAGGAUUUAAAACCAUGCACUGCGACAAUGUACUUUAGUCAUAAGUGAGACUAGCAGCAUAUUUCGUAACGGUGGGUUUAAUCCACAUAAAGAAAUACCAACAACUUCGUGGCGUAUUUUUUGCACAAGGCUACGUGACAUGUAUGUUAUGUUGACAGUGUCAUCUAAAAG